AUGCUAGAGGUCCGCAGAGCUAGUUUGGUACGACAGAUGGCGUUCCGACAGGAUUCCAACGAUGCCGAACUCGCUAUCCGUCACGGACAUUUGGCGCCGCCAAACUCGAUUCCCGACAGCCCACGACCCCAAAAACCAAUGGAGAGCAUCCACUCUCUAACUCGAGCUGCCUUUCAGUCGAUGUUCCAACCAACAAACAUCAAUCAUCAAGCACCGCGACCAAAGAGAAGCCAAUCGAUGUGGACAAGAAAAAGUGAUGCCCAAUUCGUGACAAUACCCUACGAGUUCAAAAUGUUUCCUGUUUCCCCUUCUUCAUAA